CGGCGCCGGGCCCUGCGGGGACUUCAAGGCCCAAAAUGGAUUUGGACACCAAGAGUUGCAAAAUAUGCUUCUGCGACAGGACAAAGCACUAUUGAGAAGAUUCUGGUUGCAAACCGUGGUGAAAUUGCAUGCAGGGUUAUGCGGACUGCCAGGAAGCUGGGGGUGACAUCUGUGGCGGUCUACAGCGACGCUGACAGGAAUUCAAUGCAUGUUGCAAUGGCAGAUGAAGCAUAUGCCAUCGGCCCCGCACCUUCGCAGCAGAGCUACCUGGCCAUGGAGAAGAUAAUGCAGGUGGCCAAAAAGUCAGCAGCACAGGCAAUUCAUCCAGGUUAUGGCUUCCUGUCUGAAAACACAGAGUUUGCAGAACUGUGCAGUAGAGAAGGAAUCAUCUUUAUAGGCCCUCCCUCAUCUGCCAUUAGAGACAUGGGCAUUAAGAGCACCUCCAAGGCCAUCAUGGCCGCCGCCGGGGUUCCUGUUGUGGAAGGCUAUCAUGGGGAAGAUCAGUCCGACGGUUGCUUGAAGGAGCACGCCAGAAAAAUAGGGUAUCCGGUCAUGAUCAAGGCUGUUCGUGGUGGUGGAGGAAAGGGCAUGAGGAUCGUCUUCUCAGAAAAAGAAUUUCAGGAGCAACUAGAAUCGGCCCGAAGAGAAGCCAAGAAGUCUUUCAAUGAUGAUGCCAUGUUGAUAGAGAAAUUUGUCGAUAAUCCAAGGCAUGUAGAAGUUCAGGUGUUUGGAGACCAGCAUGGCAAUGCAGUCUACCUGUUUGAAAGAGACUGUAGUGUACAGAGAAGACAUCAGAAAAUCAUUGAGGAAGCUCCCGGGCCAGGGAUUGAACUUGAAGUGAGAAGAAAACUUGGAGAAGCGGCUGUCAAGGCGGCUAAAGCUGUAAACUAUUUUGGGGCAGGAACAGUAGAAUUCAUCAUGGACAAUGAGCACAACUUCUAUUUCAUGGAGAUGAACACUCGGCUUCAAGUGGAGCACCCGGUUACGGAGAUGAUCACGGGAACCGACCUGGUGGAGUGGCAACUGAGGGUUGCUGUGGGUGAGAAGCUCCCUUUAACUCAGGAAGAAAUCUUGCUCAAGGGUCACGCAUUUGAAGCCCGGAUCUACGCCGAAGAUCCCAACAGCAACUUCAUGCCGGGGGCUGGUCCUUUGUUGCAUGUGUCCACGCCGCCCACCGACAGCUGCACCCGGAUAGAAACUGGGGUAAGACAAGGAGAUGAGGUUUCCAUACACUACGACCCAAUGAUUGCCAAAUUAGUAGUUUGGGCAGAGGAUCGACAAGCCGCCUUAAGAAAGUUAAGGUACUGCCUUCGACAGUAUAACAUCGUAGGGCUAAGCACCAACAUUGAUUUCUUACUGAGUCUCUCGGGCCACCCGGAGUUUGAGGCUGGCAACGUUCACACCAAUUUCAUCCCUCAACACUACGACAAACUCUUUCCGCCCAAAGAGGCCGUGUCUAGCGUGGCCCUUUGCCAGGCAGCUUUCGGGCUCCUUCUCAGAGAGAAGGUGGCAACAGAUGCUUUUAGAAAGCAGUCCAGAGAUAAGUUCUCACCAUUUGCAUCCAGCAGUGGCAGAAGGCUAAAUAUACCCUAUGUUAGAAACCUGAUUCUUCGAGAUGGUGAAAACGAUGUGAACAUAAGUAUAACCUACAAUCGUGAUGGGUCAUACCACAUGCAGAUCCAGGAUCAGUCUUUCCAUGUUUGUGGGGGCCUUUCAAGCGAGGGCGACUCGGAUGACAUAAGAUGCUCAGUUAACGGAGUUGUCCAUAAAUCCAAGCUGGUUGUCGCGGACGAUACCAUUUAUCUCUUCACGCUGGAUGGCAGAGAGCAGAUCGGUCUCCCGGUACCAAAAUACCUAUCUGGAGUGAGUGCACCUGGAGAUCCGGGCGGGGCUGUGGCCCCCAUGACGGGGACAAUAGAAAAGGUGUUUGUGAAAGCUGGGGACAAAGUCCACUCUGGGGAUCCACUCGUGGUUAUGAUAGCUAUGAAAAUGGAGCAUACUAUACGAGCUUCAAAAGCCGGGGUAAUAAAGAAGGUUCAUUACCAGGAGGGAUCACAGGCCAGCAGACAUGCUCCACUGGUUGAGUUAGAGGAUGAAGACUCAGAAUCAGAAUAAUCCCCAGUGAAUCAAGGUGGUACACGUU